GUGAACCAUGUGCUCUGUCGAAUAUCUGAACUAUCGUUGUCAAUAUCUUUCUUAAAGGGUGUUUGAACUGUUUUGUUACAUUAGGGAGAUGAAGCUGCAGCUGCACCCAGAGUCCCGCAUUCUCAGACCCCUCGUUUUUCGAGACAGCGCCUCCUAUCAAAUUGUAUCGGAUAAACGUGAAGAACUUAAGCCAAAACACCUGUGUCUGCAUUGACUCUGAUGCAUUAAUGUGGAGGGGCUCCCCUGUUUCAAGAUGGCGGCUCUAUUGACGCAUUCGUUCCAAUGAACUGCCGUAGCCAAGUGACAAAGAAAGGAGAACGUCACCAUCAUCAGCCCUUUUAGUUCACUGAAGAACAUCAAGGGAAAGACCCUCAGACGUGUCAUAACAGGACUUAUCAGCCCACCCCACCCCAGAUUGACAAUGGAUCCAUACUGGCUACUCGUUGGGGGAUUGAUCUUUAUCGGCUCUGCACGGUCACUUCUGAGGACAAUUCAACUCUCUACAACACUGAGAACCAUGGACCAAGACUCAGAGCGUGCUCGGUUUGUGGACGAGCACUGGGCGAAACUUGUCCAGAGAGUACAGAUGGUGAUGAAGAUAGCGGAUGAGCUGUGGUCUGCUGGCAUGCUGCAACCGGAGCUUUACAAUAAGAUCAAAGCAGAAAAAACUAACCAGGAGAAAAUGAGAGAGUUAUAUGAAGUGUUGAACUCUGGAGGAAACAAGGUUAAAUCUGCCUUUUAUUCUUGCCUGGAAAAGAAUGAGCCACUUCUGUUAAGAGACUUGGGCUCCACAGGACAUGGCAAAAGCACAGAAAUCAGCCCAGUGAUUGACGAAUAUAAGAAGUGGAUCCGCAGCGACUAUCUGUGUGUGACUGAGUAUAACUCACUGCCUGGUGAACGUGUGCUGCUGUCUAAGCGCUUCGUACAUCCUCUGAUCCUUCGGAAACAUAGAGAUCGAAUAGAGCGAGAAGAAGAGAUCCGCUCCAGUGGAGAGCGCUUCCAGCAGGUCCUCAGGUCCAGGAGCAGUGGAGGCUCUCUCCAGCUCAACUCUCUGUUUGACCCAGAUGAAGACGGGAUCAGUCCCCGUUCUGUGAUACUGCAGGGAAACUCUGGAUAUGGGAAAUCUUUCACUGUGCAGAAGAUCAUGAUGGACUGGGCAUCUGGUGUCCUCUACAAAGAGCGGUUUGAUAUUGUGUUCCACUUAAAGUGUAAAGAAAUAAAUCGCGUUUCUGACGAGAUGAAUUUGGUGGAGAUCUUGAGCUGCAGUUGUAGUUUAACAUCACAUGAGAUCUCACAGAUUUUACAGCAGUCGCCAGAGAAGGUGCUUGUGGUCAUUGAUGGAUUUGAUGAGCUGAAACUCCCACAGGACAUUAAUAAUGACACGUCAGCACACACUGAUCUGCUUCAGAAAGCCCGACCUGUGGACACUCUUUGUGCCCUGCUGAGGCGUCGAAUCCUGCUAAAGUCUUUCCUCCUGGUCUCCUCCAGAUCUACAGCUACGGACACACUCAGUAAACUGCUCAACGGACAUCAGCGUUUCUCUGAGAUUGUGGGAUUUUCAGAAAAGGGGGUGGAGGAGUACUUCCAGAAGUUUUUUCAAAAUGAGGAACGUUUCAGGAAGGCUUAUACAUAUGUGAAGGCAAAUGAAACCCUCAUCACUGCCUGCUCAAUCCCUGUCGUCUGCUGGAUCAUCUGCACAACUAUCCAGGAGCGAUUCAAAGAUGGAGCAGAUAAGACAAGUGGACUGGAAACCACCUCCAUCUACGUGGACUUUGUGUGCACUCUUCUGAAGCAUCACUGCCAGGGUUUGAGUCAGUCCGUCCCGACCCUGCUGAGGAGUCUGGGUCAGCUGGCAGAGAGAGGGAUGCGGGAACAGCAAGUCCUGCUGGAUGAGAAAAGUGUGAUUGAAACCAUUUCAGACCCGACUGGAAAUCCAUUCUUGUGCAAGAUCCUGUUUAAGAGACGAGUCCGCCUGGAGACGAUGUUCAGUUUCAUGCAUCUCAGCUUUCAGGAGUUCUUCACUGCUCUGUACUAUGUCCUUCUGGAUGGAGAAAAGUCCCUGAGGAAACUUUUAAUGGAUUGUUCCUCAAAACCACAUUUUGCAGCUGUGAUGCAAUUUGCAUUUGGUUUGUUGAAUAAGGAUCAGGAUGUGAGACUCGCACUUGAAGAACAUGGUCUGUUAAUUCGUCCAGAAACACAAGAUCAUCUGAAAGAAUGGAUUCUGGAAAAGGUUAAAGAUGGUUUCUUGGAUCUGGGAGGAGAAUUUAUUCUUCACUGUCUCUAUGAACUUCAUGAAGAAGACUUUGUGAAAGAAGUAAUGGGAUCCUGGGAAAGGAUGGAUCUAGGAAUGUGUUUCCUCAGUAGAGCAGACGUCUGUGCCCUGCUGUACUGCUGUCAGUGCUGUCAGAGAAUUGAAGGCAUCUCUUUGUUUUUAACAUCGGAAGAUCUGUCUAUGAUUUUGCCUGAACUUCACAAGUUUAAAAAAGUAAGCGUGUCUAUAGAAGAUCCAUCAGACUCUGAUCUCAUUGAACUGAUCAACGCUCUCACGAGAGGACAGACCCUGAGCUCACAGCGUGUUCGUGAAAAAAGAAAUCUCCAAUCACGUCAAGACAUCUCACUUCUGUCAAUCAACAAAGAGCCGUCCAGUAUCUGCAUAGAGUUUUUCCUGUAUGGCUCCCCGGAUAUGCGAUCAUGCAGUCUCACCUUUCCACUCUCAUCAAUCAACAUCGACUGGACCAGACUUUAUCAGAUAAUUCACCAAAGGGAUUUCAAUGCAUUCCUGUCUGUUCUUCAUUCCUUCUCUAACCUGGAGAAGAUGAAAAUGUGGGUGAAGUGUCUAAAUGAGAAGUGGUUUGUUCAGAUCCUCCAGAUGAGCCAGAAGUGCCCCAGUCUAACCGAACUCAAGGUAGAUGCUUGCUUAUUUCAAGAGGAUGCAAUCGAGAUCUUGAAGAGCUCAAACACAAGACCAGGUUGUGUGAUCACAUUUAGCGGUCGGACUAUCCGUGACGGUCGCUGCGACCACAGAGUGGAGAUUCUUCUGAAUGACCAGGGCUUUUCCAUGACGCAAACGCCCUUUUUUGGGACUAAAGGUACAGCUUUACAGCACAUGUAGGAGAAAACUGCAAAAUCAGCAUUUUUACCUGGAGCUGUGGAUGGAAAUAAAGACACCAAACAACUCUAAACUCAUUUACAUGCAUUGUAAUCAUAAUAGUUUCAAUUUGUAUACAGUGUGUCGAUUUGUUUCUAUCAUGUUUUUCCAGCAGCUUUACAGAGUUUUACGGUGUUGAUGUUUUGUCCAAAUGUAAUACUUUAGGGCAGAAUGAUUUUUUAGAGUGCAUGGUUUAUUUGCAUUUGAGUGUGCUUCAUAUUGAUCAUGUGACACUGAUUGUAUAAAAUUAAAUUGUAUAUA